CCUUCAGCUCCUUCACGCCAACCAUUAUUUUCUGUAAAAUCUGACGGAACGCAGUGUGUCUCUCUCUCUCUCUUGUCCAGCGUAUACAAGUUUCGAAAUUAAUUGCCUUUUGUUCUCUUGCGAUUGUGUGGACGAUAUUUCAUUCUGGUAUUACAUUCUUGAUAAAAAGAAUUUCAAUUUUUCGUUAAAAACAAAAAAUUGUGCAAAAAUGCCCGUCGAGUGUCUCAUCCCCGACGACAGGUUGUCCAAAUAUCCCCCAACAAUUCCUUCAUCAAGAAUGAACAGAGUGUGCAAGCAGGUUAGCAUCGAGAGCCCGGCCACGGUCGGUAUGAGCAAGGAAUACGUCUUCCAAUAUGACGUCAUGGUGCCUGAUGUGCCAGCCUUGGGAGCUCGAGUCAAAGUGAUGUGUGCUGGAGCUUGUUACCGGCAGAGGUCUGCCAGUGUUUCCAGCACUUCCAGUACUUGCUCGAUGGGCAGUGACAGUGGAUGCACCACCAGUGCCUCUCAUCGAGGACUUCGUGACUCUUCCUUCUAUCCAGGCUAUGAAGUAGCUGGAGUAGUAGAAUCUAUUGGUGAAGAGGUCGACCCCAGCUGUGGAGUUAAAGUUGGUGAUCAUGUCAUUGUCUACCCAUUUGAUGAAUGUCCUCCAGGCUAUGCUGAAUAUAUGAGUGUACCGGAAAUUGAAUUCCUGGUCAAGAUCCCAGACAAUAUGUCGUUGUCCGUAGCUGCCAUGCUACCAUCUGGCGCCCUGUGGGCUCUCAACACCGUCCAGAAGGCCGAGAGCGUUGUUCGACGCAUCUCUGAAGAGAAAGGACCCGAGGGAAUGUGCCACAUUCUGGUCGUCGGUACCGGUGGCCUGGCUCUUUGGGCUCUGCGUCUUGCUCGAUUUUUCUUCAGCGAGAAACAACACCGCGUCCAUAUUGCCGUGGCCUGCCUCCGUGAUGAAGGAUUUUGCUUGGCUCAGGAAUCUGGAAAGGUUGAUGUUAUACAAUGGAAUGAGGAGCUUUACGAGCGCAUUCUCAUUGAAAGGACCAAAGAUGCCUGCCAUGGUCAGGUUGACGUCGUCAUCGAUUUUGGCACAACUUCGCGCAGCCUCAACCGAUCAAUCCAAUGUCUACACAAGGGCGGCGUAGUUUUUCUCGGCCAUGAAACAGCUGAUCGACUUCUACCCAAAUUCUCGCGCAAGGCCGUCGAAUACGGCAUCACCAUUGAACCCGUCGAAACGGGAUCUGUGCAACAGCUCAAAGAGCUGGUUGACCUUGUUCACUCCGGCAAGGUUAAACCUCCACCGCACAGCGUUUUCCCAGCUGAAGAGGCUUCUGACGUGAUCAACAAACUGUGCAAAUCUGAAAUUCCCGGCAGGGCCAUUCUGCAAUUCCAUUCCUCAGCUCAGUAAAAGAAGAAACAGGAAAACAAAGAUUUAAAUAAGAUAAAUUAACGACAAAAAAUAUGGCGUGUAGGGGGUUGUAAAAUAUCCGCACAGUUGACUGGAGGGUGAAACAGCAUCCGUGUAAUACCCAGCACAUUUUUUUUAAUUAUUAUUAUUUUUUCCUUUUCCAUUAUUAUGGCCCACAUAAUUUGAUUUUGCGUUCCAGUUGCGACUUUUCUGUCAAUUCCUUCUAAUCAACAUUCUGUUGUUUGUUUUUUGUUCGGUUGUAUUACCGAAUGAAGAGCUCUGGCUCGAUCCGUCAAAGUGCACUCCCAUUCAACCUCUUAAUUACUCCAUCAACUCAGUGACAAAUUCUUUUCAUUGUUUAGUAAAUAGGCAGGAAGACAUUAGCAAUCAUGGCAGUUGAAUUGAAUCUUUUCUCUAUAGCUACCGUUUUACAGUAUAUCUCUUACCGUUCUUAAACCCAUAUACUAUUUAGACUAAAGCCCGUAUGUACCAGAGUCAGGGACUACACUUGGGAGACGUAAACUGUUGCUCUUGUGACUUGUCUGUGCGGGUCUAAUAUAGCGUUCUCACGAGAAAUCGCAAGCGGGUCAAAGCCAAGGGAAUCAAAAGACAAACCAAUUUGUCUUUUUCUAGGGAAAAGGAAAAGGAUUUGUCUUCGCUCUUUGCUGUGGCAACUGUUCCAUUUGAUUCAUUUUAGUGUAUUUACUUUACAAUGGUUACAAUUCAAUUAUUUCGUUUAAUUCCAUCGUCAUUCAAGCAACGAUUCAAUUGAGAGAAACUCGGUUUACGCGGGUGAUUGCGUAUAGUGUCUAGAGGAGUUGGAACUCUUUGAUUUCUUUUCUUUUGAUUUUAUUUUCAAAAAUUUUUCUGUUUUUUGGGAUCUCAAGUAGAGAGACGUUGAUCGAAAUUCGGCUCGAUAGAUAAAGCGUCGACCAGAGUGCAAAUUUUAGUUAAAAUUGAAACAAAAACAAUAACAGUCUGAAAGUCUGAGAUGGUAGGAUGUAAUCGAUUAGAGAAAAGCACACACCGGUGAAUGAUACAACUAGACAAUUUAAUUCUGAUUUUGUUAACUGAUGUUGCCCUUCUCUCCCCCUCCCCCCUGUUCUAGAGAGAGUCGUGUCGACCACCGGCACUCCAUUGUUCUUGUUUUAUUCUUUCCGAUUCUUUGCAAUUAUUAAAACAAAAUUUUUGUCAUUAACGAUGAUGUUAUAAUCUAGCGUCUGAUUUGGAAAAAAAGAUCGAUGGAGAGCAAGAAAAAAUGGGAUAAAUGAAAACCAAUGAGUCAUUUCUCUCUUAAUUCUAGUAGGGGCGUUAACAAUUUGAAGAAGAAGAAACAAACAUUUAUUAGUUCUUUCAACCAAAUAAUAACGCUGUCUGAAAAAACCUUAACACGUGAAUCGUCUCCCCCCAAUUUUUCUUUGAUAGUGAAGAAGAAGAAUCGUUUCGAUCUGCGGAUGUAACAUUGAUUGUGAUGGAUCGUAGAUUUAUACAAGCCCCCCAUCCCGGCCUCCUCCCAAUAUUUUGCUUUCACUCGUUGAUGGAAACCUCUCUUGUUUCCCUCCCCCCUGCCCUGUUCACGUCAGUGUAUAUCAUAAUACUAUGGAAUAAAGUGACAUGUUUCUUGCA